GGCGGUCUCUUCUUUAGGCAGGCCUUUGGCGAUCUGUCUAUUAAUCUGUGAUUACGAUCAGCUGUUUGCGAACUCCGGGAUGCGAAACGGGUAGGGAACAUCAUUUGCAAAUGUUCCGUAAACCGAAUUCGUCGUCGACUCGUUCUCUGUAGAAGGAAUGGCGGGUUUGGAGGGCUACGAAAGCGUAUAUCGAGGUCGGUCCGCUAGAUCAUGGGAGAUGGCAACCUCGACGCCGUAUCCCCAAAAGUAUCACGGUCGAGAGGUUAUCCAUCCAUUGGAUAUACCUGUUAUGCAUCCUCUGGCAGAAGACAAUCCGCCAGCCGUUGACGAUGACACUGUGAGCAAGUAUGUUGGACUAGGUUGUGGAUUGGCGAGUUUAAUAACGGGAAAUCUGUUGAUACACCCUUUUGUGGUAUUGCGAAGACAGUGUCAAGUUAAUCCAGGUGCAACAAAGUAUCAUUUAAUGCCCGUAACUUUAGUUCCGGUAAUAGUACGUUUACAUCAGACUCAAGGUAUAAAUACACUGUGGAAAGGAAUUGGUUCAGUGUUACUUGUGAGAGGCAUGACAUUGGCAGUCGAGGAUUUGAUCUCAAAGAUCACACCAUGGCCAAAGAAAAUUACUUGCAACAGCUCUUUGAAAGCAAUUGGCCAACACAUUCUUCUCAAAUGUGUCGCCAUAGGUAUAGUGACGCCUUUCUAUUCUGCAUCACUUGUGGAGACAGUCCAGUCCGAGAUUGCUUCUGAAUGUCCUGGAAUUCUGGAUGUUUUUCGUGAUGGUGCAAUCCGCUUGCUGGAUGUAUGUAAUAAGGGUAGACUUAUUCCUAUUUAUGCCCUCAUGCCACCUACUAUAGUUUACGAAGUAUCGAAAUAUCUUUUUACUCUAAUUGUGAGAGGAGUUACUAGUCGAGUUAUGCAUGUCAGGCAUAAACAUUCGCAAGAGGCAAGAGGCGCGUACAGUAAAGAUUUACUAGCUGACAGUGUUGUCCAAGAUAUAGAAAUGCAAUCUAUCCUAGUCUCGACAUGUGCUGCGGACGUCGUCUUUUAUCCCCUUGAAACUGUUAUUCAUCGAUUACAUCUUCAGGGUACACGCACCAUUAUUGAUAACUUAGACACUGGAAGGAGCGUCACACCAUUAUUGACCGGAUAUAGCAGCGCGACCGAUUGUUAUCGUACGAUAAUCUCGACUGAAGGACCGCUUGGUUUGUAUAAAGGAUUCGGUGCUCUUAUUUUGCAAUUCGCAGUACAUUUCAUGGUAUUGCGCGCGACGAAAUGGCUUUUGACAGAAUUGGGCACGAUGCUGAUGCCAAAACCUAAGCCAAUAAAGCCACAGAAAUCUCCGUACUCAUAUAAUGAAAUAUGAAAAAAAAAAUAUAUUUAUAACACUAUUGUAAAAUAUGUAGGAUUAUUUAUUAAUUUGUAACCAAAAUAAUUUCAAUCAGUUUUUAGUGAUUCUGAUAAGUUACGAUUUUCAGUUUUCAUAAUUUUUUUUUUACAUAUCGUUAAUAAUGGAAUAUUCAAGUGUGAAAAUUUAUGCAAAUUUUCUAUUUCUAUAUCGUACGUUUUACACAAGCACAAUGCAAAUUAAAUAAGAGAUUAAAUAGAUCUAUAUAAAAAGUUUUGAAAUGUUAUAAAAUUGGAAUAUGGACAAUACUUGUAAAUAUAUAGUCAUAUUCGUACGACGUCAUUAUUUUCACCAAAUCAAUUUCUACAUACCAUGAAAUGUGUAAUUAUGACUUUAUUAUAAUAUUAUGUUGAUAUAUAUAUUUGUUUAUGAGGUAAAUAAAUUAAAAUAU